AUGAGGGCGGGGGUGGCGGCGGCCGGGCAGCGGCCCCCCAGCUCGGGGAUCCCGGGCUCCCGGGGCACGUCGCGCCUGCGCCCGCCCGCCAUCCUCCAGCCCGCGCAGCACAGCACGCAGGUUGGGCUCAUCGAGGCGCAGAAGCGGGUCGUGGACCUGGAGAAGAGCCUGCAGUUCCUGCAGCAGCAGCACUCGGAGACACUGGUCAAGCUCCACGAGGAGAUCGAGCACCUCAAGCGGGAGAACAAGGAUCUCCAUUACAAGCUAAUAAUGAAUCAUCAGAAGCCAAAGGAAGGUAAGACUGAGGCCCUUGGGUGCCUGAUGGGAAAUUACUUCUGUCAGGAAUAGCCCCUCCAGAGUGCUUGUGUCUACCCAGCUAGCUGCACUGGCCCAUGUACUAUCCCAGUGGGGAGGAAUCCUGGGGGACCUGGACAGACACCACUG